CAACCUAUUUUGCCAUGGUUCUGAGCACUGCUAUUGUAAGACUCUUCACUCCUCAGUGUUGUGUUCAUUUCUUUAGCUUCACCUACUUCGAUUCUGAUAUAAUUGGUCUGUUUCAUAAUUAGCAAGCUUUGUUUUCAGUUCAAAUCCUUGUCAUUUUCAUUUCUAUUUUCGCCAACUAUGGAUGUAUAAUAGAAUUGUUCUGAGUUUGUUUAUUGGAAUUGCAAUACAAUCCUAAUUAAUACAAAGUCAUAUUCUGUGAUAAUUCCAAACCUAUUGAAAGUGCGUUUGAUGCCAAUAGGUUAAUCCUACUUGCUUCAAUAUUUUAAUUGGCUAUGAAUUGUUUUGUUUCUUUUUCUUGGUAGAGUUUAGCAACAUUCUUAAUGAAGUUGUAGCAUCAUGCCCAUUAACUUUUUUUUUUUUUUUUAAUGAGAAUUGAGGAGAGUGAGCAACUUAACCCUGAAGUUCAUCACAAGUACAUUUGUGGGGUUCAUGUUGCUGUUUACAUGAGGACUUCGAUGGAAGAUGAACUAGCGAAGUAUCAGUUCCACUUCAGUGAGUACAUUAAGAAGGGUAUUAAAGCUGAUGACAUUGAGGCGUUGUACAAGAAGGUUCAUGCUACUAUACAAGUAGACCUAACAAUUAAGGAGUCUAAGAAGUAGCCUCCUAAGGAGCACAAGAUGUACAGCUUGAAGAAACUCACAUAUGAGAAAAGGAAGGCUAGCUUAAUUGAAUGGUUGAAAGCUGUAAACUCAGCUGUUGGAGCUGAUGAUGAUGAUGAUGAGGAGGAGGAGGAGGAGGAAGAUGAUGAGUAAAAGCAAGCAAAUUUUUAGCUGUUGUUGGGCGGCCAUGCUGUUAUUCUAUUUCAUUUAGAGUUCACUUGAAAAUCUUUGGAUGUUUAUUAGGGGUGAGAUAAUAGCACU